GGCAGUAGCGGACCUGACGUGUGUGUGUGUGUGUGAGGUGAUCUGUUGUCAGCCUGUGUCAACUCUCUUUGUUUAAAUAUCUAAGUCAGCAAGAAUGGGAUUUUGGAACAUCAUAAUAAAUGUACUACUGGCCGCGUUGUCAUUUUAUCUCUACCAAAGCUAUGUUUACAGAAGACCAACGUACAAGCACAUAGACAAACUUUUGGAUUCCUACGAUUAUAUUAUAGUGGGGGCGGGGACGGCUGGGUGUGUUCUCGCUGCCAGACUGUCCGAGAACAGUUCUAGAACGGUGCUGCUACUGGAGGCCGGACCCAGUGACGUCAGCCACGCCGAGGUGGACACGCCGGCCCGGGUGCCGGAAACAUUCUUGAGCCGGUUCGAUUGGAAGCUGUACAGCCGGCCACAGGGGCAGGCGGCUCUCGGUCUGGAGGGUCAGAGAAUUUACAUACCUCGUGGGAAGAUCCUUGGUGGCUCAAGUCAAAUUAAUUACAUGCAAUGGAGCCGAGGUCACAGACUAGACUUUGACAGAUGGGCGGAGCAAGGAUCUGAAGGGUGGAGUUAUCGUGACGUACUUCCGUUCUUCAUGAGAUCAGAAGACGUAGUCCCAAAACAUUUGGCAAACAAAGAAUACCGAGGUUCCAAUGGCAAAGUAAAGAUAACCCAGUUAAAUGGCUAUGGUUUGGCCACAGUUCUCAUUAAUGCUGUUAAGUCCCUUGGUUUUCAAGAGACUGACUACAACGCUGAAACUCAAGAAGGGGUCGCUCACACACAGAGCAACAUCUACAAGGGUGAGAGGUGGAGCUCAGCACGUGCGUACCUGUGGCCAGCCGCAGACAGGGAGAAUCUGCACAUUGUCACCGACACACUGGUUCAUAAGGUCCUUAUAGAGCACAAGACGGCCGUGGGGGUCAGGCUGAUCCGGAAUUCCAGUCCGGUUGACGUCCGGUGCUCCAAGGAAGUGAUUCUAGCCGCCGGAAGUUUUGGGUCACCUCAGGUGCUGAUGCUGUCAGGGGUCGGACCCAGGGAACAUUUAGAGUCACUGAAGAUACCCGUGGUUGCUGACCUACCGGUGGGGGAGAACCUCCAUGAUCACGUGACCACCGCGCUCCAUGUGAUCACCAACUCGAGCCUCGGGUUACCACGUACCACACUGUACCACCAGCUGGAGUACUUGACCUUUGGAACGGGUCCCCUGAGUUCACCAGGUGGGGCUGACGGCCUCGCCCACCUAAAAACUCUACCUCACCUGCAGCAGCCCGAUAUCCAGUUUACCUUGGUGGAGCAGCUGAAUGACAAGAAGUUCAUGAAGGUCUUGCCCGGCUUAAGCGCAGAGCUCUUCCACAGCUGGAAGCUCCAGGAGCAGGGCCGGGGGUUAAUGGUCUUGGUGUGCCUGCUCCGACCCAAGAGCCGGGGUUCUGUCCGGCUCCGUUCGUCUGACCCACUGGACUCUCCGGUCAUCGACCCCAACUUUUUCAGUGACCCUCAGGACCUGGAUGACCUCGUUAGAGGUGUGCGACUCGCCCUGAAGAUCGUGGACACCGAACCACUGAGACAGCUGGGGGCGGUCAUUGACCCCGCCCCACUGCCCAGCUGUGUCAGCCAUCUUUACAACAGCGACAGUUACUGGAACUGUUUCAACCGUCACCUAGCAUCUACUGCUCACCACCCCGCCGGCACGUGCAAGAUGGGCGCCACUGAUGACGUCACAACAGUAGUGGACAACAGAUUAAGGGUGAAGGGUGUGAGGAACCUCCGUGUAGCAGACGCCUCUAUCAUGCCGGACGUCGUGUCGGCCAACACAAACGCCGCAACCUUCAUGAUAGGCGAGAAGGCCGCGGACAUGAUACUCAAUGACGGGAAGUAAAAAGUUGACCAAAAUAUCGAGUUUGUUGUUGCUUUAAAUCCCACAGGAACGGGAAAUAUAACUUUGCCCAUGUUAUUCGUGUUUGUUGUUUCUUGAAUGAAAUCCUAUUAGACUUGUAUCAACGGGGACAGGAAAUAAAAAGUUGACCAUGGUA